CGGAAAUACGUCACACCACUGAAGCUAAAGAUGCUUCAACUGCCGUUUCACUGUGACUUUAACAUUAAGUUGUACUCUGUGGCAAACUUUGGCCACACCUAGAUCCUGUCCCAUUUCCACAAAAAAAAAAAAAAAAAAAAAAAAAAAAAAAACAGCCUUUUUUUUUCUGCUGGUGCGUUUGUUUGUGUGACGGCGAGUCCCGGCGGUGUAACCGGAGAGGGGCCUCAGAGAGGGAAUGCAGGACUGCAAUGGAGCACAAUGCAAUACAGUGGUUGGGUGCCCCCUCCUGCCAGCGAGGCAGCUACGCCUUCUAUAAGUCAGUGAGCAGCAGAGCUCAACCCGAGGGGCCCGUCCAGGUAUGGAAGCUGGGGGAGUUUUACUUCAUCCGGUGUGGACCACAGGAUCCUGUGUGCAUCGCAGAGGUGACCUUACUGUGGGAGGACCAGACACGGCGCCACCUGCUGGCCAGCGCCAGACUCUACUUCCUGCCUGAGGACACACCAAAGGGCCGGACCAGCGAGCACGGAGAGGAUGAGGUUCUGGCGGUGUCCAGGAAGAUGGUGGUGCGGGUGGAGGAUCUGGUGCGAUGGGCGUGUGCAGAGCCGGCAGAUUGGAGUAGCAGCAAGCUGCCACCCAGCGGGAUCAACGGCCUUCACAAACCCCUCCAGAGCAGCGACGGCAACAGCGGCAAUGACAAGAGCAGCGAGCCGGUCAAAGACAAAACUAAGAAUGACCUGCCAAACUGUCAUGGCAUCAAAGUGCUUAGCUACCCGCAGUACUGCCGCUUUCGCUCCCUGCAGAGGCGCAUCCAGGACAGAGCGAGGGGGCCGGGGCUGCAGGAUCCCCACCUGCUGGCCCUGGGAGGUGUCAAGGUGCUGCCCAACACCCGGCUGAUGUACUGCAGAGACACCUUCAACCACCCGACGCUGGAGAGCAGCGCCAGUUUCUCCUGGCAGUUCAGAUGUCCGUCUCUCAGUCUUCGAGGGCGACCUCGCAAGAGGAGAGGCCGAGACGGCAAAGACUCCCCUAACUCCAGCCAAUCAGAGUCCUGGAUUGAGAAGAUGAAGGAGAACGUGAUGGGCAGCGUGGAGGUGGGCUGUGAGGGCAGCUGGCUCCCCCACCCUGAAGAGCAGCUGUUCCUGGAUCAGCUCUUUGCCUACAUGGAACGCCUCGGCUCACCCAUCCACAAAGUCCCCAACCUGGGCUUCAAGAAAAUUGAUCUCUUCCUCAUGUACUCUGUGGUUAAGCGGCUUGGAGGCUACAAGAAGGUGACAUUGGACCGUCUCUGGAAAGUGGUUUAUAAUGAGCUGGGAGGAUGCCCCGGCAGCACCAGUGCUGCUACCUGCACCAGGAGACACUACGAGAGACUGAUGCUUCCCUAUGAAGAGCACCUCAGAGCAGGCGGAGCAGAAUUUAAAGUCCCAGAAUCCCCCAUGCCACCGAAACCCAGAGGGAUAAGAGGAAGGAAACCACUUCAGAGAGGCAGAAAACCGGGACUCAAAGCCAAGGACAAGAAGAUGACAACCCCCGCUGCUCCUUCUCGUACUAUCGUGAACCCUAACGGCACCGUGGUGGUGAAGAGAGGCCGAGGCCGGCCGCCGGGCACUCGCAACAAGGCCACGCUGAUCGCUCAGGCGAAGCUGCUGGCUCAGCAGCAGGCGAAAGCCAAAGCAGCGGUCGAGUCUCAGCAGCAGAGUCCUCUGCUUCCUGUCAGAGUUGGAGGCGGUCUCACCCCCAGCAGCACACACAGGCCCGUCCAGCCAGCUGUCCUUCCUGUCAACAUGCCCCUCACCCCAGACCUCUCCCCCAUGACCGCCCCCUUCCUCCCCUUCCAGCCCAAACCAAAGGAGCUGAGGCCGGACAGAGCGGAGACUGUGGCUCCUGCUCCAGGUGUGCUCCUCUCCACUCUGCCUCGCCACUUUGUCGGAGGAUCUCUGGGCGGUUUUAGCCCCAUCAAAGGUGUCUGUCCUCUGGAUGUCUUCAGGAACCGCAUAAGCCUCCAGAGAGGCCCGGAGAGCCCAGCCCUGACGCCUCAGGACCCAACCCAACACCAUCCAACCAUCUACACCCUUCAGCCCAAAGUUGGAACCCCGGAUGCGUCUCAUCCCAGCGGGGACCAGCUUCAGCCUCAGCCCCACAUGCUCCACCAGCAGCACAACCGCUGCUCCGGCUGUACUGUGGACGAGGCAGCCCAGAGAGGAGGCAGUCGGGACGUUAGGAACCGGCCUCCUCUGCCCCCUCUCCGGGUCCUGCCUUUGAACCUGGACUGCAGCGUUCAGGUGUGCCAGCUGAUGAGGACUCGUCUAGGCUCGUCUCAGUUCCAGACCUUCACCCGCCGACUGUCUGAGGCUCUGUCCCAGGACCUCAACACCAAGCCCCCCUGCUCUCCUAUCACCCCUCCCCCAGAGCAGGCACUGCCGCUCAACCUCAGCAAACGCUUCACGGCAAAGAGACCCAGCACCGAGGGACCAGAACCGAGUCUGGCAACGAUCAACGGGAGCACAGAUCAGCCGCCAUCCAAGAGACAGAGACCCGGCUGCACAGAGCAGGCUGAGGACUUCAGCCUGGGCGGCCGGUCCAGCUCUGUAGGAAGUGCAGGAGGAGGAGAGCAGGAUGUGGAGAUGAAGAACCAGGAGGAACCAGCGGACCUGAGCUCCCCCAGCAGGAUUAGGGCCUUCCUGCUUGGGCUGCCACCCUUCCAGGUGAAAUUUGAGGAGGAUCUGAACGGGACGAGGUUUGGGAAAUUUCUUCCUCCAGGAUCUAUGGCUGAAACCCAGAGGACCGAGACAGAGACAGGAGAGGGACGAGUGGCAGUAAAGAAAGAAGUAAAGAAGGAGGAGGAGGUGGUUGAAAUAGAGCGAUGUGACACUGAGAUAAGCAACAAAUUACAGAAGCCAGAGCAGGAGGAGAAAGAUCCCGCCCACCUCUCUGGUUCUGGCCCAGUGGAGCUGAAGAUAGCCGGGCCCUCAGACACUGACACACACUGUUUUUAGCAUUAUUCCCUCUGUUGAUAUUAUCAUUUUGUGAUCAGAAAACUGUCGGAUAAUUCGGGAUUGGCGGUUUUGGAAUGUGGAAAGUUGUAUCCACCAUGGUGCUUGGUGUUGGGUUUGGACACUGGAUGCUUCAGUGGUCGAUCAGGCUCAGGUUGAAGCCUGAACAUGUGGAGCAGGGGUGAUUCUUUGCUUCAUAUUUGAGAACAUUUGAACUCAUAACUUCUCCUUAUUUCCCAUUUUUGUCUCCUUGUUGUUAUUUCCUUUUUUUUUUUUUUUUUUUCCCUGGUUUUCGAUCUUCUCUUCGAUUGAACUUUGCAGAGGAGUGACGACACUGAGACUCAUGACAAUCACACAUCAGUUUCUCUUCGUUUCUCUGUUGAUUUCUGUCUCUUAAUGGUUAAAAAAAAGAAACAGAGGAAUGAGACUAUGACUCUUUUACAAACACUGCCAUAACCCUCCAUAACACUAUUAACUCCACUAUUCAAUGUUAAGGUGAAAUAUUGAAUAAGAUCCAUAUUACUUAAAAUAAAAAUCAAUUCUAUCUAUGGGUGAUGCUAUGCAUCAAGACUUCAUAAAUUAGCAUCUAGAGUGUACUGUAGUUUGGUAGUUUCAUUUUUAAAUUGUACUCUACUUCUGUAGAGAAAUAGUUAUUUUCUGAUAAAGUGUCUAGAUGUUAUCUGGAGCUCCUCAGUCUUCACAUUAUAGCUCGUUAAGUGAAGCCUUUCUAUAGUCUUGCUCGUUAGCUGAAAUUAUAUAAACUGUUCUUACACAUAUGUGCCUUAAAUGUCCUGCGAUCUGUUUCAUCGCCGGCUUCAAAAACAUUCAGUUAAAGAGAUACCUUGAUGUUGGACCUGUUAAGUUUUCCUUCUCUCCUCAGUAGUGCCAGGUAUUUUUGAAAUACUAGUGUGGAUACAAUACCUGCAUCUCUGAUUCUGAAAUAUAUAAAAAAAAAUCUUUUAACAAAAGCAGCCAAAGUUCUUACGUUUUAAAUGUCUUAAUAUCAGCAGCUGUAAAAGAACUCGUCUGAAGUAAACGGCCUAAAACUGGUAAAAAUUUAGGCUUUAAUCAAUUCUGAGUGCUGCUCUAUGCUGCUGACAUACUUCAUACAGUACUAGUGCAGUGUUGAGGUCCGAUACCCAGGCCUGCUGUUUGCAUGUAAAGACCACUGUGGCCACACGAUGGCGCCAUCGCUUCGCCUUCAUCACCACCACUGUUCAGGUUAUUCAACCAAUAGGGACUCAGCACAGGAGGACGUUUAGAGAUCAAACAUGAACAUGUUGCCCAAACAUUCAGACUACCUCAGGCUUUUUUUUAUUUCUCCAGGGGAUAAGAGCUCAUCCCAUCAUGCAUUUGGGGAGACGGCAGGGUUGGAUGCUGGUCCAUAAACACAGACAGAUUUCCACUUGGUAUUAUGAGAAAAAAAUAGUGUUUAUUCUCCAUGUUUCUGAUUGUCAUCAAAUCUCAUGACUGAUUUGGGUUUUAGUAUGGAAUUUGUUGAAAAUUAAAGAAUGUCGCCAGACUUAUUCUUUAACCUGCGAUUAGUAUGUGGAUACGGUUACUAGUUCUUUUAAUGCUACAUGUGCUUGAACCCCUGGUGUAAAUACGCACUCUCAUUCUCUCCAUUCAGACUUAACUGUGAUCAGAUCUGAAGUUAGUUGCAGAGUAGGAAGGCAGAUGACGGAUUUAUACGUAGCAUUAGCAAGAAAAGGUGGAGAUAGUUGACCGAUUUAUUUUUCUUGCGUUAAUAGUUUGAAAUUUUUAGAACUGCGCAUAAUCGCUUCCUGGCUGAGCUACAUGUUCAGAUUGAAUCCACUCUCAUGUCUGUACGGUAAAUAUAAAGCUAUAGCUAGCGGCCAGUUAGCUUAGUACAGACACUGUAAACAGACUAAGAGAACAAGUAGCAUGGCGUCCAUCCAAAAAUAACAACACCUACCUACCAACACCUCUGCAGCUCAUCAGUUUGUAACACUUAACAACUUGUUAAUUUCAUUUGUAAAAAACAGAAGUGUAAAAAAGAGAAUAGGUUGUGGGUUUUCAGGGGUUUUGUACCAGACUACUUGUUGGCUCGGUGCAGUGACUUCCUGGAGUUCCAGCCAAGAAAUAGUCCGACACAUGACACCCUUCAAAACCUUAAUUUGCUGUUUUUUACACUUCAGUUUUUGUAAGAAUUUAACAAACAAGAUUGUAAAUGUUAAUCGCUGAACUUUUGGCAUAGGAAGUACAUUUCCCCCCCCGGUCCACAUUUGUUUUAAGUUGCGGAUUGCAUCACAAGGUGGUCUCUAGUGUUCCCUUUAGAGAGAGCCAGAACAGCUGUCUCAGCCUGUUUCUAGUCUUUGCAUCUCGCUAGGCUAAUUUCAUGUUUACCGUACCAACGUGAGAGUGACUCCAAUCUCAUCUAAUUUUCAGUAUGAAAAUGAAUAAACGUGUUUCACAAAAUUUCAAACCAUUGUUCUAAGAAUGUGGUCAAACUGUACAGAAGUCAUUUACACCUGGCUCAAAUCGUAUUAUAUUCUGACCGUUAUUACAGGAAUCUCUCCUGAAGAUGUCCAGCUGUUAUAGGCCAGAUGUUAAUGCCAGUUGAAAAUGAGAAAAUCAAACCUGCAGCAUUCACUCUGUGUCACCAAAGAAUGUGUUGCCGUUUCCCACUUUAUACCAGUCCUCUACUCCACCCAGCUUCUUCCUCUUCUUCAUCUAAAGUGCCAACACAAAACACCGACUCAAUAUUGGGACAAAAACCUUGUGUAGCUAAAAAAAAAAUUGAAAUGUCAAGGUAUCCCUUUAAUCACAGCCUUUUCUUCUUGGACUCGUCCCUGUUUGUUUCUGAUUUGCACACCUACUGUACCCACGUGCUUCAUUUGUUUUUCCAUAUUUAUAUUUGCCAUGUUUAUUUUCUUUCUGCCAACGUUUGUUAUUCUACCAGAGCAGUGGAAUUAACUACGACACCGAAAUUAACUGGUGCUGUUUAUUCUUAGUUAUGUAGCCAUAUUGUUGUUGUUUUGUUUUCUAUUGAUAAAGCUGCAAAUUAUUUUCAUCUCAGCAAGUCGUUAGAUCUUGACUUCAAGUUUAAAAUUUCUCACAGUAGAUUUAUUUGUCCGACAGUUAUAAGAAAAUAUUUUAAAGAACUGAGUUAAAAGAUAACAUGACUUGUUAUUGGAAGUAUUUGCAGUUUUUUCUGAUUUAUUUUUGACUGUUUGGCUUUGUGUGAGACAGAUAUGGACUGUUUGUGAAUGAGUGCAUGAGUAGAGAAAUGUAUACUCAGUAGAUCAUAGCUGGGCAGAUGCACCAAAGCACAUUUAACUCCACCAGAAAUCCCCAGACCUCCAUAACAUUUCUAUAACGUUUCUCGUCAUGUCGAGGUCAGAGUUAUCAUUAGUAUUUCAGGAUAUUAUAUGUCGUUAUUUUGUUUGCUUUAAGAAAUGUCACUUUUCACAAUAAUGUCUGUUUUCUCCUUCACGUGAGGUGAGAAAUGAGAAGUAACGAGGAAGAUGGUAAAAGACUUCUUCCUUUUGUGUGAUUAUUUCUUGAAAACAAUCAAUGCAGUAAGAUUUGAUAUAUCUCACAAGUCUGAUAAUCUUACUACGGGAUUAAUGUAUAGUUUGUGUCUUGCUCUGCUUCAUUCUGUCUGUCAACCCUUAUUUAUUAAGGGGAGGUGUUUCUGAGCAUGCUGGAGCGACAUAGGCUUCAGUAUGCUUCAAAGGAAAGAGUUUGUACGGGUGCAGCUGAAGACAAAAGUGUUUGUUGCUACUCUGAGCGGCCACACUGGGUGGCAGGGUGAAAAGUCGCUCGAUGGCUGGAAGAUGGCAUUAAGUAAUGCACCACCAGCGAACAACAAUAACAGUAUAUUUGUUUUCUUUUUGUGUGUUUUGUGGUCCUCGUGGAAUGAUGGUGUACACUUUCAGAUGUUUGCGGUGUUGCACUUAGUUCAAAAUCUACUUAUGUUCACACCUCCACAAGCCUUCCCAGCCACUGCACAAAUUGGGCUCGGCUGUUGGAUUGUCAGUUUUUGCAUGUUAGAAUAUGUCGGACACAACGCCUCGACAGUUGCGCUGUCAGAAACAAUGUGUCAGACAUUGAAAUUGUUCGCCGACUACCUAAAUAACUGUUGCCUUUAUGAAAAGGGCCUUUGAGGUAACACUGGGUUAGCUUACUGCUUUAGUUACAGUUUAAAUGUAAGCUAGUUAGCCAAACAUGCUAACAUAUGUAACCUAUGUUGAGAGCUGAAAAGUGCGCUUAAAUCCAUUCCUCACAGGGUUACUCGUGCGAUUUUGGUUCUGGGAAAAGACUUUCAAACCUGUGUAUCGCUCCUUCUACAAACUUGUCAUGUGGGAAAAUCCAAAGCUGUACAUGCCUCCCACUUCAUAGUUACAGUUGCUAAGCUAUGAUUGGACAAUCACUGUUUGGGGAGGAAUUCAAAGGGAUAGUUCAGCUCUUUUAAAUGAGGGUUGUAUGAGGUAUUACCUACAGUAAAUGUUUGUCAACACGCUCCCAGUUUGGAGAAGCAGACAGGAGUACUACCAAGAAAUUAAGCAAUGUACUGCUGUGGAGGGUCAGCAACAAAAUAUAUUCUAGCCAUUUAAAAAAAUCAUUAUCAGUUUAGGUGUAUGCUAUAUUGAGAAUAUUUUCACCUCUUUACCUUGCUGUCAGACAACGAUGAGUACCUCAUAGAAUCCCACCUCAAAAAAUCCAAACUAUCCCUUUAAUGAUACCAGAUUUUCUAGCUUCUAUGUGAACUUCAUCAUUGUUGGACCCACUGCAUAUGCUAAUUGGUGUUUACCUCUUCUGGUACGUAGACUUUAUAUUGGGAUGAUGUCACAAAAAUAAGGAUUGGGGGAGUUUUACAAAUAUAAAACAGUAAUAAAUGACCUUGCUUGCAGUUCAAGGUGUUCUCUGAGAAGCUCUACAGAUGUCCGGAUUAUGUGCUUUCCAAACACACCCGUGGGGCUGCCUCGACGAGUUUUCCAAAAACUUUACAAAACUAGUAAAUACAUCUUUCAAUCUCUCUUAAAAAAAUUCUCUACAUAAUUACUUCUUAAACUUUACGCGUGAUGAACGAGUGCGUUCACAAUAUCUUUGUGAGAAACAGUUUGAAAGUGUGCUCCUUUUCAGCCAUUCGACGCUGCUCCACCUCCUCUCUGUAGCAGCACUUUUCACCCUGUCAGAUGUGGCUUCAACACUUUUGCCUUCAGACGACACUUUGUACAAACGUUCAUUUCAAGUUCAGCACUCACACACACUGGGAGCCUCCCAGUCAAACCACAGCUCCACUGGACCAGUUUUAUCUCAGUCUGACUCUCCUGAACAUUUGUUGCCUUAGUUAGUUUUUUUUCUUUCUGCAUGUUAAUUUGUAUGUUCACGACAACAUGCCACCAGCGCCUGGUGUGUCAUUCAAAGUGGGGAUCUUGUAGGUUAGAGUUAAAGGAGAGCUGAAUAGUUUUUCUUCUUCGUUGGUUAUUUAAGCUUUAGUUUGUAAAGGUUUCUUUAGGUAUCAUUUCUUUUUAUUUCCUUCGAUAAAGUUAAAGAUUUAAAUGUUUACAUUUUGUUAUGCAUGUUCAAACAGAUUUGUUAUAUCCAGUGUUUUGCACACUACUUCAGCAUCGGUCUUGAACGGCACUGCUCAUUAAUGUAAAGUACUUAAAAAUUAAGUGCCUGAUACUAUAAGUGAAAAUUGGGGUUGAUACUUGUAAGCAAAUGAAAGUUAAGUUUGCUCAUUAGCCUUCAUGCCAUUGACUUGAACAACAGCUCCUGUUGUCACGUGAUGUUGUAUUGAUCCUGUGUUUUAAAGCACCAGGGGAGAUUACCUCGUUAAAGGCGGCAGCAGGACGCUCGCUCGGCUCCGCGGCGUCUGUCGGAGCAAACUGGACCUACGAGGCGUGACACCCAGUGGCCAUCUGAGCGCUCGGUGAUGUGAUUCAUCCGGUGAGCAACAUUCAUGAAGAUAAAUGAUCAAAUUAAAGGUGCUACAUGUGACGUUUUAGCAUCUGUUAGGUGUUGCCAAACCGGUAGAGGGCGCUGUUGGUCUCUACAGCAAACAAGCGGACAGUAGAAGAUACAAUAGUGAAACUGUCCAUCACACAGUCCAAAGAGACAUCUCUAAAUGUCUCACAACCAGCAGGCCAAACCCAAAGAUAUUCAGUGAAAUGAGGCGUAGUAAAAGAAAUCCAGCAUGUUUCCACAUUUGAGAAGCUUCAACCAGCAAUUUUUUUCACAUUUAAUUGAUUCAUUUUCUGUCACUUGACUGACUGAUUAAUUAUCUAAUCGUCCCAGCUCAAAAAUGUCACAAGGUUGAAUGCGAUAGAAUCUGUCAGCCUCUAGUCUCUACUGCUCUACGUCCUGGUUGUAAUUUGUUGAUGUUAAAAAGCUGCAUGUAGCACCUUUUCAUAAACUGUUGGAUGUUCAGUACCAAUGAAUGUUUCAGUCACAUCUUCCUGUGAUCUCAUUUUUAUCACUUGACACCAUUUCCUCUCCUCAUGUUGUAGUCAUUUGUUUUUUCCCCCUCAUUCAAACAAAAGAUCAAUUUUAAAAGCAGAAGUUGGUCACGUGUUCUUUUCUUUACAAACUGUGUUGAUCACUUGAAGAGAGCCGAUGCUUUCUGGUAUGAUCACAGUCUAUCUGCAAGUGUGCGCCUGAAAUGGCGGCCGAGGCGUUUGACUUGACCUGUUGAUUGACACUCUGUGUUUUUGCAUUUGUGUGAUUUGAUGAUUGCAGAUCUGCAGCACAAACUCCAGUUCCAUUUUUUUUUUUUUUUUCUUAGUUUCUAUAAGCGGUAACCGGUUGGCAGUGUCAGGUACCAUUCCAUUUUAACACUGUAUAUUUAUAAUAAAAGUAAUCUGUUAAUAAAACCUCAGAGGGCUUUGUUGUGUUUCUUUCUGAGAGGAAGUUGAAAAGGGAUGA